CAUCUCAUUCGUAAAUUACAUUUCUCAAGUGGGAAUAUUUCCAUUCUGGAGAACCCAGCAUAUUUCCAGGCGUUUGAGCCUGUUUUGGACAACCUGAAAAAUAUGGAUCCAGAUACCAUUGCAUUUUCAGAGGAACUGGUUUAUUUGAAAAGCUAUGAAACUCAGCCUGAGUAUUUAAGAAGCUGUACACAUUUUAGCGGUCAAAUUUUAUUCCCACUGAAUACCAACAAAAACACAGAGAAUGAAACUAGAGAGAAAAGGCCUUUUCAUAGAUAUGAAAGUCAUGGAUUGAAACGCCCUAUAAGUCCGGAAAAAGAACAAUUACAUCAUUCAAAAAAAGUAUCACACUUACGAACAGGUCAAAACUACUCAACAGAAACUCCACGAUACUCAGCAACAAGUCCCAAUUAUUCACCAACAAGUCCAGCUUACUCACCAACAAGUCCAGCUUACUCACCAACAAGUCCAGCUUACUCACCAUCAAGUCCAAAUUACUCACCGACAAGUCCGAUAUACUCACCAACAAAUCCAGCGUUUACAAGUCGCGGUUACUCACCAAGUUCAAUUCAGUCCGAACAGAGUAGCAGCAGAUUAGCUGAAAAUGUACCAUCCGGCCCGGAAACUGGUCAUCAAGAUCAAAAAACCAAAAAUCUGACGGAUGCAGAAGGCAUAACAUUCAAAGCUAAGGUGGGUGAUUUAAUCAAGAAACUAAGCGAGAAUCCGCAAAACGGCUGCAUUCUAGACUCAAGCCAAUGCGCAGCCAUGCAACACAUUUUGCGUAAUCAAAUUUCGAUCAUUCAGGGACCUCCCGGAUGUGGAAAAACAUUUGUGGGCACAAAGUUUGUUGAACUCAUCGCAUCACGACAACCUCAACUAGACCGACCGAUUCUUUUGCUGACCUAUAAAAAUCACGCGCUUGACGAGUUUCUGAUGAAAGUGAUGAAAUUCAUUCCCAAAAAACAGAUUUGUAGGAUUGGUGGAAGGAGCAAAGAGCCACGAAUCGAAGACAUCACUUUAAGGGCGAAGAGAAAAGAAUCGCGCAAGGAGAAAUUUAAUCAACUAUUGAAUGAACUGCGACAAAAUGAGAAUGAGUUAAAAUUCCUAUUCCACGACUAUUUACAGUGUUUCUACACAAGCGAAGAAGCCUUUGUCGGAGAAUUGUCUAGCGAACAAGCUUGGAAUGUUCUCGUAAACUCCGAAAAUAUAAAGCUUCCGAGAACUUUGAAGCUAAACUAUUGCGAAAUAACCAAUUUUCUCAGUCGCCACUCAGUGAACCGUAUUAUGCAGCGAGCUCUCACAGUCCUUUCGGCUGAGAAUGAAAGCGAAGACACUCCUGAAGAUAAAUUACAUCGGUCAUUGACGACAGAUGUUUUCAAUCAACCUAAAGAGAUACAAGAUCUCAGAAACAUUUUCAAAUUAACACUUGAUAAGUGGCUACCGACACCUGAUAAUAUCAGGGAGAUUGAAAAAAAGUUCAUUUCAAAUAGUUGCCAAAAUGCUUCGAGCUCCAAUAAACUUGUUGACAAAUCCAGAUCAUCCGUUUUUGCUGAUCCAAAAACAGAUCCAGUCAAAUCGGUUGAUAAUAAAAUUGAUAACAAAAUUGACGAAGACGAUGAUAGUAAAUACGACAAGGUUAAAGAGCUCGAGUACAAUAACCACCGCCAACCUGGGAUGCAAGAAGGUAACUCCAAAUUUCUGGAAUCGAUUGAAAAAAAAUCCGUUCUCAUAGCCGGUAGUCCAGAACCAGCAUUCAAUUUAUUGCCUUUUGCGCCCAAAAUACUUGAGAAAAUGAGCGACAGUAUUGAGAGGGAAGAAGACUUAUGGAGGUUGAAGAAUCCGGCAGACCGAUUGGCAUUUAUUCAGUCGAAGCUUCUCAAAAAAUUGGAGCAGGAAGAUGCUGGUUAUGCAGAUGACCUGAUCGAGGAAUAUUUAGAAAAAUGCGAGGAGACAAAAGAAGACGACAAUUUGGAGAGCGCAGGAAUUUUGCAAAACUGUAAAAUCGUGGGAAUGACUAUAACAGGUGCUUCAAUUAACAGACAACUAAUUGAGUUCCUGAAACCAGCUGUCAUCAUAGUCGAGGAGGCGGCAGAAGUUUUGGAAGCACAGCUGAUUCCCUUGAUGAAGCCUUACGUUGAACAUCUCAUACUGAUCGGUGAUCACCAACAGCUGCGUCCUAACGUAGAAACCUUUGAACUGGUCAAAAAGUACAAUUUUGACGUGUCCAUGAUGGAGCGGUUGAUAAAAGGUCACUUACCAUAUGUUCAACUGAAGCUUCAAAACCGCAUGCGACCAGAAAUUUCCAAGUACCUGAAGGACAUUUACCCUGAUUUGAUGGACGGGCCAAAUGUUCACAAAAUAGUGUCAGUGCCACAGUUUGAAAACAGUUUUUUGUUUUGGCAUCACGAGAGCCCAGAAAUUGGAACCAGGAGCUACUCGAAUCUAGAAGAAGCAAAACGCUGCGUAAAACUGGCAAACUUCCUGGUCAACCAAGGAUACAAGCCAACACAAAUCACCAUUUUGGCUGCUUACCGAGGGCAAAAAGGCUUAAUCAAGCGUGAAAUGUCCUCUUUGAGGAGCGUUCCUUUGAAAAAAGUUUUUGAAAAAGACGAUAAGGAUAAAGAAAUAGUUCAAGUUGAGACAAUUGAUAUGUUCCAAGGUGAUGAAAAUGACAUAAUCAUUGUGUCACUCGUCCGAUCUAAUAACAAUGGCAAAAUUGGGUUCAUGAAAGAAUUCAACCGCAGAUGUGUAGCUCAGUCUAGAGCAAAGAGGCAAGUAAUUUUUGUCGGAAACUCAAAGAUGUUUGAGAAAGCCCAAAACUGGGUCACGUUUAUUGACUUGAUAAAAAGCGAUGGCGUUUUAAGCCCACAAAUUACAAUUGUUUGUCCCAAACCAGAACAUCGAACUGAAACAAAAAUUCACGUGCACACUUCGGAAGAUUUUCCAAAAAUAGAGUUUUGCCAACAGAAAUGCGGGAUGCCUUUUCUGAAAUGUGAUCACAAAUGUGACAAACUAUGCCAACCAAUGCACGAUCACAACAAAUGUGAAGAGAUAAUUAGGUACAAAGACGUUUCCCUGUGCAACCAUUUUAGAACCAGAAAUUGUUACAUCAGUCCAGAAUCAGUUGAUUGUAAAGCAAAUUGCGAGUUCAAGUUCGAAAACUGUAAUCAUAAAUGUGUCAGUUUGUGUAGUCCUACGCAUGGACAUGAUCAGUGUCUUUAUCUAGUUAGAGAUAAAUGUCCUAGCUGCAACAAUUUCUUAAAUAGAAAAUGCCACCAAUCAAUUUCAGAGAUCCAGUGCAAAUCGUAUGUUGAUUUCGAAUGUCCUAAUUGUAAAAAAGGUGUCAAAAAAGAAUGUUCUACUCCUAUGGAUGAAUUCAAGUGCAGGAAAGAGAUUUCAUACAACGACGAUUCUAAAUGUUCGCAUAUAAGAUCAAAACUUUGCUUUGAGAAUACUGCCGAUAUUAUUUGCAAGGAAAAAUGUGAAACCCUUUUCGAACCAUGCGGUCACAAUUGCCACAAAAAGUGUGAGCCCGAACACAACCAUGACGUUUGCAACGAACUUAUCACAAAAAAUUGCAGAGAAUGCGGAAAAGAUUUAAUCCGAAAAUGCUAUGAGCAUCAAAAUCCUGAACAAAUGGAGAAAAAAUGUCAAUGGAAUAUUCUAGUUGAAUGCAAAAAAUGUACACAAAAAAGUGAACAAAUAUGCGAAAGUGGAAAAGAACAAGACUAUGUGUGUUGGAAGUUAUGUAUCAAAAAAUUGAAUUGCGGACAUUUUUGUAAGAAAAAAUGCUUCGAAAAAUGUUCGGACUCAAAAAAAAACUGCAUCACCUGCGUUGAAAUAGAAAAAAGGGAAGUUGAAAAGCAAAAUAAAGAGUUCAUUGAAACACAUAUAAAAGAAGCAAUAAAAAUGGAGAAGGAGAUUGAAGACAGCAAAAAUUCAGAGGCCAGAUUUUAUAGCUUGGAAGAGAUUCUGGCUGAUGAAGAUAAUUGCUUCGAAUUUGCCCAGGUAUGCAAAAAAGUUGCUAGUGCUCAAACUUUUGAGCAGCGACAAAAGCUUUCUCUUCAAAAGAUUGAAAAAAUUCACAACAAAAAGCUGCUCGCAGAUUUCUACUUUUCAAUGAAAGGAAUGACCAAUGCAAGAGUUCACCAAGAUAUAUUUUAUAGAGUUGACACAAAAUUUAGCUUGCAAAAAAUAGUUGAAGAAGGAUUUCAAUUUUCCGACGAAAACUUUAUGAUUCUGAAUGAAGGAUUUCCUAGCUUCGAAGACAACGGCUCUGAGAUCGGCUCAGAUUCAAAAACGGUUAUUCUCUGUAAAGUUGCGGUGGGGAAAGUGAAAUGCUUCAAAAAAGAUGACAGUAAUUUUUCCAAACAAGUUCUCAAAAGAAUACUCAGAGAGUAUGAUUCAUGUAAGGUGGUAGUUGAUUCUUCGCAAAACUCCGAAAAGUCUGCAUUUAAAAUUUUUAAUCGGGCAAGAAUCAUGCCAGAAUUUGUUUUGCACCUGAGAAACGCAGAUGAUCGUUCCAGCAUGCCACCAUAUAUUGGAAGUGAAUACCAAAAAAUAGAACUCGAAUUGAGCCGAGAGCAGACAGAUGACUUCAAAAAUCAGCACUUUCAAAUAGUUGCUGCUCAAUACUAUCAACUAAUGUCCCAAGAUAAUCAGGCUCAAAACAUUCCAAGAAUUUCCAAAGUAUUUUACCACUAUAAUCCGGAACUAGAUAAAAAUUUCGAAGAGGAAUUGGCAUCCCUUAAACGAAAGUACCAAGGUUCAAACUCAAAGAAUGCUGACUUCAUUCUGGCAUUUCACGGAACAUCCCGUGUAGAAAAUAUUGACAAGAUAGUCCAAGAAAACUUCGAUGUAACUAAAAUUCAGCGCCACGUUUACGGAAAAGGUAUUUACUUUUCUGAAAAGCCAAACGUCAGUUUGGAUUACGCUAAGAACACCAGAAGACUUCUUCUCUGCAAACUUCUUCCAGGAAAAUCGUACGAGGGAGACUGCGGGCAGACUGAACAAACGGGAGGGUGUGGCUGUGACUCACACCGUGCGCGCAAAGACGAAGAUGGGCGUGGUUGGGCUAUAGUCAUGUUCAACAUGCGACGGGUUUUGCCUUGUUACGAAAUUGAACUGCAUUGAGCACAAAGAAUCGAACCGCUAUUUUUAAAAUUAACAUUUGAAAAUUGAAUGUAUAUUUCUACGACUACCUGAAAACUAUCCGUGUUUAACAAAAAUUUCUGAAUAUAUCAAAUAUUGGCGAUGAAAA